CCCUUUUGGCUUAUUGGAACCUUCUUGCACCGUACUGCACUUUUCAUCCAUAUACUUUGAAAAUGGGAAGAGCACCUUGCUGUGACAAGAAUGGACUCAAGAAGGGUCCAUGGACACCAGAAGAAGACCUUAAACUCAUCAACUACAUUCAGAAUCAUGGACCAGGCAAUUGGAGAUCCCUACCUAAAACUGCUGGUCUACAAAGGUGUGGCAAGAGUUGCCGCCUUCGAUGGACAAAUUACCUUAGACCUGAUAUUAAGAGAGGAAGAUUCUCCUUAGAGGAAGAAGAUACGAUUAUUCAGUUGCACAGUAUCAUGGGAAACAAAUGGUCAUCUAUAGCAGCUAGGUUGCCAGGAAGAACAGACAACGAAAUAAAGAACUAUUGGAACACACACAUAAGAAAGAGGCUUCUUCGUAUGGGAAUUGAUCCAGUUACACAUGCCCCACGCCUUGACCUACUUGACAUGUCCUCUAUUUUAAGGUCAGUGUUGAACCCCUCCCUUAACAUGCAAGGCUUCUUAGGAGGAGCUCAAGUUUUGAUGAACCAAGGGUUGUUAAACCUUGCUGCUACACUCUCUCUUAUAGAGAAUCAAAAUUUGGCUUCACACAAUUAUGUACAAAACCAAGUUGCUCAACCACUGGACAUAACUCAGCUUCAAAGUGUGGCCAUGGAAAACUUUAGCUGCUCAAAUUCUCCUUCGGGUGAUGAGAACCUUGUUUUGCAACAAAACCAAGUUGAUUUGUUAGGUAAUUAUAACCAUGUUUUGGUGCAUUCCCUGAAAAAUGAAGAGCAGAAGAAGGGGUAUGACUCGGCUAUGCCUACGCCCGAGUCAAGUUCAAACCAGUUGAAUUCAUCAUCCAACUAUUUGAGAAGUGGCACGGAGGAAGAGAAGAACGAUUUUUGUAACAGUGACUUGUUCGAAUUCGAUAUUCCAGAGGGUUUAGACAUUGCUGAUAUCUUUUGUACUGUACCACAGUGUUAAUCUGUUAGAAGUUAUCUGAAGAAGUGGCUUGUGUUGCCCCUUUUGGAUGCAUUGUUGCAUGUAUAUAUACA